ACUUCCUUUAUUUCGUGGACACCAAUAGAUUCCGACAAACUCGAAUGAUGAAACUUUUAAGAUCCAAAUUGAAUUUGUGAGGAAUUGGAAAUAGCAGCGGAUGUUCCUGGAGGUGAGAGGAACAGUCAUGUUAGAAUGAUUGUUCACUCUGUGUGGAGGUGUGAGGGGGAAAUGUUCACAAGUGAGAGGCCGCGCUGCUCAUUUUUCUCUUUCUGUGGUUUGUGAGCGCGCACCGCAGUUGAGAUGGGCGCGCGGGAGAUGAUGAUGAUGGUGAUGAUGAUGAGAGCGUGACCUCACCGCUUUCUGCACAGCUGCUGGUGAGUGGUGGUGGGGGGAGACCCAAAAGUCGGAACCAGCGAGAACCACAAACACGUUGAAGAAGACGCAAAAGAGAGACGAAGAGAGAGAAGCGCGCAGACGGGUGGAGGUGGUCGCGGUGCGUCUGUGGGCUUCUUCCCACCGGGUUCACCUCCAGAAUGUUCUGCGUCCCCGGGUGACUUCCACGAUUUCUGAGUGGGGGAGAAAAAGUCGCCGCGGCAUCUGCUCCGACACUCCAGCCCAGAUGCUUACCCUCUCCACCGACAUGGACGACUCUUCGUCGCUCUUGGAUCUGUUGGAGUGCUCGGUGUGCCUGGAGCGCCUGGACACCACGGCCAAGGUGCUGCCGUGCCAGCACACCUUCUGCCGCCGCUGCCUGGAGAACAUUGUCAGCUCCAGGAGCGAGCUACGCUGCCCCGAGUGCCGCAUCUUGGUGGACUGCGGUGUGGACGACCUGCCAGCCAACAUCCUCCUGGUUCGCCUGCUGGAUGGGAUCAAGCAGCGGCCGCAGCGAGGAGGAAGCGGAGGCGGAGGAGGUGCUGGGGCUGGUGGCACUGGCAGGCAGUCCCUACCCGGUGGUUCCCUGCAGGGGUACGCAGCGGGGAUAUCCGCGUCCCCUCCGGGCACUGCAGUCAGAGAGCUGCCGGUUGCCACCAGGAGCUCCCCCGUUAAGAAUAUUCCUGCACUACCUUGUGGUAAAGCGCUCUACUCCUACGAGGGCAAGGAACCAGGUGACCUUCAGUUUUCCAAGGGUGACAUAAUCAUCCUGCGCCGCAAGGUGGAUGACAACUGGUACCAUGGAGAGCUCAAUGGUUGCCAUGGUUUCUUGCCGGCCAGCUACAUCCAGCUGAUACGUCCUCUGAGUCAAACUCCACCACAAGGCAAAGCAUUGUACGACUUUGAGGUCAAAGACAAAGACCAGGACAAAGACUGUCUGGCCUUUAGCAAGGAUGAGGUGCUGACAGUAAUCAGGCGAGUAGACGAGAACUGGGCAGAGGGCAUGCUGGGAGACAAGAUUGGCAUCUUUCCCAUUCUGUAUGUUGAGUUAAAUGAAACGGCAAAGCAGUUGAUGGAGAUUGAUAAGCCUAUGCCAGCUAAUGCACCUGGUACAAGCUCUGAGCCAGCACUCCUGGGAUCCUGCAGUCUGGGAUCAUCCCCAGUCGCCUCCCCACCUAAUGGAAAUGGCUCUGGUCAUCGCAGAGGAGAAGGAAAGAAAAACGCCAAGAAGCGGCACUCGUUUUCUGCCCUGUCCGUCAGCCAGAGGACCACCCAGCUCAACAACAGACACAGCAUGGAAAUCUCACAUCCUGUCCUUAUCAGCUCCUCAGACCCCAGAGCUGCAGCACGCAUCCAGGAUGCACCUACCCCAGGCCCAUCUCUCUCCUCAGCAGGACUACCGCUCCCCCCCAAAGUAGCAUCUUUAACCUCUGAGCUGCUGGCCCACGCUAAGGUGCAGCUGCCUCUCAAUAUAUACCUGGCUCUUUAUGCCUAUAAGCCCCAAAAGGCCGAUGAGCUGGAGCUAAGAAAAGGAGAGAUGUACAGGGUGACAGAGAAGUGUCAGGACGGAUGGUUCAAAGGCACCUCACUGAGAACGGCUGCCUCUGGUGUCUUUCCAGGGAACUACGUGACCCCUGUGUCCAGAGCUCCAUUUGGACUUGGUGUUGCUCGUGGCUCAUGUUUGCCCAGUCCAGUCGGAGGAAGUGGGUGCAGUCCGGUUGCAAACAAAAGUUCCGACCCGUCGUCGCCAGGGUCUGUGGGUCCCUCCAUGUCCCGUCCCUCCCCUACACUUGUGACCUCAUCAAACUCAGUUCACAGCAGGGACCUCAGCCCCGCCUCCUCUCCACAAACUGCUGCCGCCCAGCUUAAGAACUGCCUGCGCUCCAACCAGCACCAAGCGCGUACCUCAAUGCAGCUAAUUCACAGUCCACCUGCUGGAAGCCCAGAGCGUCCCACUGUGGCAUUAUCUCCCUUGCGUCCCCAAAGCUCAUCUCCUUCCCGCUGCUCCGGCCAGUCAGGCCGUCCUCUUUCUAUGGUUUCUCCGGGCUCCAGCUUAGGGCCUUCUCCUCUAUCCUCCCCCGCUUCACGACCCAUCCUCUCGCUGUCCUCACCUCUUUCCUGCCUCACGCCUCCAAACAUGUCGCCUGUGCUGCUCAAUGGGGAUCCAGCCAGUCCACAAACACCAUCUCCAGGCCCUUCACACACUCCAACCUCUGGGAGUCUGGCCCCCAAAGCAGAGAAGAAGGAGAGAAAAGCAGCGGGCUUGUUAAAGCUCUUGUCAGGUGCAGCCGCCAAGAAGAAACCUCGCUCGCCCACAUCUUCUCCACCCACCCAUGACCCCUCACUGGUCGGCCAAGGCGCUGUGGCCACUGACCCCACUCAGAACUCGCACCACCAUCACCACCAUGCCCGCUCAGGUUCCUGUCCACUGUCAUCGCAGGGGAGAGCCGGCUCCUGUCCAAUCGAGAGUGAGAUGGCAGGUGCAAUAGGGCUGGAGCCUCUGCACAGGAAGUCAGGUUCACUGGAUACUAACUUUCCCAUGUCACCCCCAGCAACACGAGCUGGCAGUGCUUUGAUGGUCUUCCGGCCCGAACCCAAACCCUUGUCAAGAGAGAGGUAUCGCGUGUUGGUUCCCUACCCUCCUCAGAGUGAGGCGGAGAUCGAGCUGCGAGAAGGGGAUGUUGUGUUUGUUCAUAAGAAGAGGGAGGACGGUUGGUACAAAGGCACCCUGCAGAGGACGGGACAGACCGGCCUGUUUCCAGGCAGCUUUGUUGAGAGCUUUUGAGCUUCAAAAAGACAAUACAUGACCCUGCAAACACAGCCAGCGCAAAUCAAAAUAAGCACAUAUGAUGCAAAUGUUAACAUUGAUUUCCCAUAUCUGAGUGUUCAUUAUUCGGGUUGAAAUCCAUUCAUAUUUACUUUAAACUAUGGAACUGUCCUUAAGAGGAAGUGGCUUAUCCACUGUGAUGUGUACAAAAACAGCCUUUUUUUUCCCAGAGACUUCUAUUGUUUAGCAGUGAAACUUAAUGUAAAAGAGUUGAAAAAUAUUCACUGAAGCCACAAUGCAUAACUUCUGGCAAAAGUCCUUAGAAGCUCAUAUUAGUCCAAAAAAACAACAAAAACAAAUAUCCUACACAGAACAGCUAUUUCUGGCUUUGACCAGCGACCCAGCCAGCAGGGAAUGGUUCACCCUCCGGUUUUGUUUAAGACCUGCAAUGUUGACUACUAAAGGCACAAGUUCAAAGAAGACAGAAAAUGUGCCCCUUUCUCCUUUUUUACCAGCACAAACUAGGACAAAAAGCAUUAGCUCUGCUUUUCCCAUGAGACCUCACAACUUGAAUCUGUGUGCUUAUUUGAAGUGAAAAGAGUCCAGAUAGGCAAUGAAGGAAGCCCACAAGCCAGCUCUCUGAGAUCAUUGCAAGCACAUCUCUGCAUCUAGUCUGUGACAACAAGCACAUCGUUUUAUUUUGUACUUGAUAUAUAUAACUGCAUGUAGCAUUUUUCAUUUUUUUCAUAUGUUGUAUUAGGUGGUUUGUGUUGUCCUGCUGUGAUGAUUUGUCUCAAGAGAUUUUAUUUAAAAUAAGUGGUGCAAACGUUUUGUCUGAAUUAGCUCAUUCAUUUUUAUAUUUAUAUAUUACAUAAGGGUCUAUGACAUAUUUUAGUUUUAUAAGGGUUUACCUACAAAGAAUCCUAAAUGAUCAGAAUAAACCAGCUUUUUGAAUGUAAAAAAACAAAAAACAAAGAAAAUGUUGCGCCAAACAAAAUAUGGAACUAUAUAGAAUUGAUUUUCGUUUCUGUGGUUCUUUAUUUUUUUUAGGAUUAAGAGUAAAACUAAUGCAGUUGGUCACAAAACGUUUUUACUGUAUCUACAAUGAUUUUAAUAUGUAUUUACUUGUCAAAGGGGAUUUUUAUUUUUUUCCUUUUUUGCCUAUAAGCACAAAUUGGUGGAAUUAGGACUUUUUUCACCUUUCAAAUUCAUUUUUUUCUUGGUUUUCUUGUUAAAAAAUCCUGUCAAAAAACAUCUACAAAGCGUGAUUGCCAGCCUUAACCUUUUUGGACUCAAAGCCUGGACUCAGUUAUUUUGAAAUUCUGCCACUAUAUAUUUUAUUUUCUCUGUAAUCAAAAAAAGCACAUCGGCUCUGUUCCUUUCGGACUGAAACAAAAGCAGAGACACAAAAAUGCAGUUUAUUUGUUUAUUUAUUGGUUUCUUCUUUCCGCACAAGAUCAGAAUGAAGCAAAAACAGCUACUGAUCAUGUCAGCUGAGAAGCAUUUUUUAAUUAUCAAACAACUAUUAUUAAACCGAGUGUCUGUAUUUGACAAAACACUAUGGAGUCUUUACUGCCAAACGGAUUCAUGUCGCAGAAAAAAUCUUUACCUCAAGUUUUUUCUUUGUAAGAUUUAGGACUAAAUAAUAAAACCGCUUUUUUCUUAACAAACAUCUCUGAGACUUUAGAAAGCAUUUCAAUUAGAUGACAUGCAGAUUCAAAAGAAGAAAUUAUUCUGUUUCGUUUGUUAUUUUUUUUAAAAAGUGAGAGCAGUUCCAAGAAUAUAAAAAGUAGACAAAAAAACAUAUCUGGAUUUUCUCAAAGGACCGUGGAGUAGAAACCUGGUAUCGAUUAACAUUUGGUCAAUGUAGUAUUAGAUGAGACAAGAACACAUAUUAUAACUUGAAUUGUUUUUUUUUUCAUAUUAUGACAACUUUUAUGUGGUUUUUUUACCUUGAUUUUUUUUUUCUUUUGGUCUAAGUCUUCAAUCUCUGUUAUUCGUGUGAGCUAAAAUUGGGUGUUAUUAGAAUUAUUAAACUAAAACUCUCCUUAUUGGCCUUUAAAACCCUUCAGUGAAACCAGAGUGCCUACUGAUGUUAACACACACACACAAUUCCACAGUAUUUUAGGUAGACCGGUUCCCAAUUUCUGAUUGUUUACUUCUAUCAGUCCAGAAAGCCUAUCCAUUCAUUUUUAUACAGCUCAGUCAGGUUAAGACUGAUGAAAAAAACCAGCAGAUCCCAGAAAAGCUCUGCACAAAACCCAGAAUAGAGAUUUUUCUGCAUCUGUCCUAUUUGUGUCUGAGCUGGAGUUUGUAUUGUGUCCAAAGCACAAGUCCACAUGUGUGCUGAGAUCAGCAGAUCCCAGCUGUCUCUUCUUCACCGCCGGAUCUGAAGAGAACAAGUUUACAACAGUCCGAACAUCAGGAAUAAAACCACUGCAUAGUGGUCACUUUAAAUAAUAAAACAAAUGAAGAAAAAAAACUUGAAGAGUCUGUUUUUCAAAUAUUUUGUAUGUGUUUUAACUGAUGAUGUUAGCUUGCCAUAUGCCUCAGCUUCCUGGUUGUUCAGUCUUGCUUGAAAUCUUGAAGUGACACCUUUGAGAAAAUUUCUAAGCAGCAAAAAGUAGAAUUUGUUUCUAUUGAAAACAGCACACAUAAUGAUGAUGAUGCACAAAAUAAAGUACCCAUUCUCUAAGUCAGACUGUGUUGAGCAACAGCAAUCAUCACUUUUGUUCCAGUCUGAGCACAAACUAAACAAAAAAAGGUAGUUCUAGCCCAGGAACAUGUGCCAGCACCGUUUCUGUUCCAGGCUGUCUUUUAGGUCUGAUUGAUUUUCAAUUGUGGGGACGCAAACGAGUUAAGGCCACAAGGCAUCACAAACCCCGCUUCCAGGAAGCCUGAGCUCUGCCAUUUUGUCAUUCGUUUUUGCAUGUGUGUUGGGGGCGUUAGGGGGUGUGGCCUCUGUAUGCAGCUCCACACAGGAAACUAAGCAAGCUUGGUGCAGGAUGGACAUUCAUCAUGACUGAGCCAAGUAGAAUGUGGCACUGUUUAAGAAACUGGGGGUUAAAAGAAUCUAUAUACAUAUAUCUAUAUAUAUAUAUAAAUUCUAUAUUGUGCAGAAUAUUUAUUGGCCUUUUGUGCCAAAUAAAGUCAUGCUCUAAGCUGGCUACGUCCAGCACUCUCUACCAUGUGAUCAUUAUACAUAGUCUUGUACUGAUGACUCGUGGUUGAUAUGAUUGUUUUUUCAUGUCAAUGCAUUUUUCGCAAUAAAUGAAUUUGUUCUAUUAAAAGAAACUGAUUUUUUUUCUUGCCUUUUGUGGUUUUUUUGCACUCUAAUUUCGCUUUGUAAUGGCCAUAAAGUGGGAAAUGACUCAAUAAAAUACAACUUUACUCAAUCAGCUGCAAAAGCAAACACAUUUCCUGCAUAAGUCAAUUUGGAUUUGAUGGUUUCCCCCUGAAGAAUUUGUCCUGAAAAUCGCAUCCCUCUCUAAUUUGAAUUACCUUCAUCACAUUGUGUUCAAUAUGGGCUUAUAAGGCAUUACGACAGCAACUUGCUAUCAUUCUAUGUUCAUUAUUCAGGGAUGCCUGUUUUUCUUUCUGCUUCCUCUAUUUUCCAAUCACUGUUUUUUGUUGUUUUCUGGAGGAAAACCUUGGCGUGAAGCAGGUGGUCAUUUGCGAUUGUCCCCAGCACUCUUUUUAAAUGACUAUGUCUUUUCUGCAGGUGUCAAGUGAUGAACUGCAUUUGCAUUUAGAGUGACUACCUGAAGGUGUCAGAGGGGUGCAUGGAUGAAAAUGUGUGUACAUGUACAACAGCUUAUCUGUGCUUCAUGCUAAUUCAAAUAAACCUUAUUUUGACUUUAAGAUUUGCGUACUUACAGUUAGCGCCUAAAUUACCUAUGAACUGCAGUGCAGAGAUAGACUUUAUCUAUACAGAGAAAAUAUGGAUAAAAUCACUAAAAGCAUGUCAAAAAAAUGCCUCAACAUGUGUUACCGCAACCAAUUUUCUUUCUGCUGGUCUUGACUCCUUGAAAACAGCAAGGUGCUGCAGGCUCUGGCAGGAAAUUGAUCAGCAUUCCUCUGCUUUAUGCCAUGUCCUUCUUUGCAAGGGCAGUAAUGCUGGAGGGAGAAACACUCCAGAUCUUAUCAAGUAAUAGACAGUUAAUUCCCUUAUGAGAGCACAAAGUAAACAGGAAUAGUGAUGCUGCUAGAUUCCCAUCUCUUAACAUCUUAAAUUUGGCUUUAAUGUAAAAAAAUCUAAACUAAACCAUAUCCUUUUUUUCGUUUAGAACAAACAGGAACUAAUCAAAUAUGAAUUAAUAGAUUUGGAUCAAAGUAUAUGUGCUACGUGUUUCUUUCUCUAACAGUAGCAUUAAAAAAAAAUAUAUAUAAAUAAAAUAUAAAAACAAAUGUAAAAUUAUAGAAAGGUGGUGCAAUCUUUUUUGUAUGAACUACAGGUCUGUAAUCUCUGUCCAAAAUAACAGUGAAGCUUGUAGAAACAAAUGCACAGUGCGGCAAAGCAGACAAACACAAUGUGUCGUGUCAAAAAUACAAACCUUUAUUGGAAAAGAAGAUAAACUAGUUAAAAGUUCCCAAAUAAUACUAUUUCAUCCUUUAAAAUAGACGUAGAAAUGUGUCAGUCACAACACUUUUCCCUGUAGGAGGGACUUGUAUUUGGACAUAAGGCACUAAAUAAUUUUUUGUAUUAGAAGCUCUUUUUUUUUUUUUUUUUUUGCUUUAAAACCAUUUCCCAUAUAAAUAACCCAUUUUGGAAAAACUGAUUUUUCUUUACGCCUUGCAGCAUUUUACAGUACAGAGUCAAGUGAAUACAAAAAUGCAAUAAUGCAAACACAAACAAAGCUUCUCCCUUUUCUCAUCACAAACACCGGCAUUGUGACCCUAUUUUUUUUUUUUGCAUGCACAGUACCAUACAAUUCCGAAAGGUAUUUCUCCAUGUUCUGAAGGAUGUCAGCUCUCUUGAUACCAUUGAAGAAAGCAUGCUAAACAGUUAGUAGGUGGUCAUGCCAUGUUUGAUUGGUGUGUUUUCCCUUUGGAGAUACAAAGACUAGUGUUUCUGCUGCAGGAUUUAUUGUAAUGCCCUUUGAGCUAAAACAACUUUUGUAACAGAUCAUUUCAAUACAGAUAUUUCCAAAUACUUCUAAUAUAAAGUACAGCUACAAACCUAAAAUGCUUCUUUUUCAUUUAAUAGUUUUGCAUAUAAAAGGUGACAGUUUACCAAACUAAGGUUUUGUUUCACUUCUGUUCAACCUGAUUUAAAAUGUUUUGGUUCCGUUAAAUAUGUUUUGUUUUGUUUUUUUUAAAAACUGUAUCAAAAAUUUCUCUUUAAGGUGUGAGCGAAAGCUAGCUUAAGUGUCAGGAUAACCUUGACAGAGGAUUUUCAAUGGAAAACUGCCCACUCAGAAUUCAGACUUUGGGACUCCAGUCUAACAAGUCUUGAUAUGUAAACAGCUCCCAGUAUGUACGGCUGUGGCAGGUUUCCCUCAGUCUGGCUAAAACUAAAAUAAGAAAAAGUUUCGAUUAAAAAAA